AUGGUCCUUCGUCGCAAAGCCCAACCUGCCUCCGUUUCGGAAGGCGCAGAAGAGAUCAACGAAACCACUGCGAUUGAGACGGAUCCAAUUGCAGAACUCAAGAAAGAUGACGACGGACCAAUUACACCGUCCUCCCCUUCGGAGAAAGGCAUCGAGGAGAAGACGUCCCACGAACUGGAGAUCGACGAGGCCCAAGCCGGACUCCGCGAACUCGAUGGAUCCGAAGGCGUCACCAAGAUUUCGGAUCAAGUCAUUCGCGACGGUCAGUAUGAGAAACGCGCAUCUAGGCUGCGAUGAGGGCGACUUGCUCUGGCGCUUUUACCUGAUGCGGCACCAUUCGCUGAUCAUCACCAGCUUCUCCUAUUCAUGUCAGGUGCCGAUGUGUCCAGAAUAGCAGUCUCGACUCGUGACGACGGAGACCCGGCCCUCACCUUCCGCUCGGUGGUACUUGGCUCAGUCCUUGCCGCGUUCAGCUCUGUAGUCACCGUCUUCUAUUUGUUUAAGCCUGUCCAGAUCAGUAUCAGCACCGUCUUUCUUCAACUCGUGGCAUAUGUACUGGGCCUUGGUUGGGCCAAGUUGACCCCGUCAGCCGAGCGCCUCGAAAGAGUCUCACCACGACUCGGCGCUGUCGCACGCUUCUUCAAUCUGGGUCAGCCAUUUGGGCUCAAAGAGCAUGUCGUUGCCACCCUGAUCGGUAGCUGCGCCAACAACUCGUAAGUACGAGCGAUGAAAGUGAUAGCGAUGGAAUGGAUAGGAUCUGACACGUGUUCGUCCAUACCGUUUGUCGUUCUGCAUCAAAGACUUGCAGGUGUCGAAGUAGCCAUAGUGCAAAGACUCUUUUACCCACAGAGCUCGCUGGACACCACCACCGUUCUAUUCGGUCUGUUUUCCAUUUCCAUCAUCGGCUUCGUGAUUGCUGGCGUACUCCGUCCGCUCAUCGUCUAUCCGGCAGAGAUGGUCUAUUGGACGCAAUUGCCACAAAUUUCACUGAUGCAGAGUCUUCACUAUGACGUCGCAAAAAACAAGAAACGCCUCACCCGCUUCGGUCAGGUCCUUCUUGGUUCAACGAUCUACGAGCUCUUUCCUGCCUAUCUCUUUCCAACCCUGAAUGGAAUCAGCAUUCCGUGCUUUCCCUCUGCACGUUAUUCUUCGGCCGCUAGAGAUGUCGCGACAAAUAUCUUCGGAGGCGCGAACUCGAAUGAAGGUCUAGGACUCCUCAACUUUUCCCUUGACUGGCAGUACAUCACCUCCUCGGCAUUGUCACUGCCACUCAAGCAACAGGCUAAUAGCUGGAUCGGCUUGGCUUUGAUGUGGCUCAUCAUGCCGCUGCUCUACUACCGUAACGCCUUCGGUUCUCGCGCUGCGCAGCUUCCAAUGCUCGGCACGUCUCUUUACGCAGAAGACGGGUCGAAGUACAAUCUGACCGCGGUCUUCGGUCACUCGCUCACCAUCAACAACACAGCGUUGGCAGAGCAGGGGCUGCCAGUGCUGACGUCGUCCACUCUCUGGGGAUACAUUUCAGCAAAUCUUGCUGUCGCCGCGCUCAUUUCGCACGUUCUUCUGUUCUACGGAGGGGACAUGUGGAAAGCGCUCAAGCAAGCUAGAGCUGGAACUCAGCCCGAUCCUCACUACCAAGCGAUGAAGAAGUACAAGGAGGUGCCCAUGUGGUGGUACGGUAUCGCCUUUGUCCUUGCUUUCUUUGCUGGCCUUAUCUCCGUCCUGCACGGCCAAACGAUGCCGUGGUGGGCUUACCUGGUCUCGCUCCUCUUAGGGGCUGUCAUCGCUCCACUGUCUUGCGUUUUGUACGGGCUCUUCGGAAAUGGGCGAGUAUCAAAGCCCCCUGCGCAAGGUACUUGGCCGAGAAAUCAAAGCUGACUCACGAAGCGUCGACAUUUCCUCGAUCCUCUCGAUUCGGAUAGCAUUGGGUAAGUCUGGUCUCUUUUCAAAGCUUGUAUCCGCUUUAACUCACCUACCCUGCCCCACAGCACGAACACUCUGUCUAAGAUGGUAGGCGGCGUCCUUGGUACGUGCUCGUAGAUGAUUGUUUGGCGGCAAUACAGCUUUCCUCAAGAUUUCCGAUCGUGCUGACCGCGACCUUUCUCGCAGUACCGGGGAGGCCCCUCGCCGGGCUAUGGUUCGCUAGUUUCAGUCACCAGGUCAUCCUUCUCGCUGUCAACCUCGCAUCGGGUCUCAAGUUUGGGCAAUACACUAAGAUACCUUGGCGCACCCUCUUCGCAAGCCAAGCAUACGGAACACUACUUGGGCUUUUGGUGAACUACCUCAUCGCUGUUCAGGUCGCCGUGAGCAAGAGGGAGGUGCUUCUCAACGACGAAGAUUCCAACGUGUGGUCUGUCGCGAUGUUUUCCAAUCUCAAUUCUCAAGCGGUUACAUGGUCGAUAGCAGACCGCGUAUAUUCGUACUCUCGAGGCGCUGGAUACUGGCUAGUUCCUUUCGCGCUCUUGAUAGGCUUCAUCAUCCCAUUCAUCCACUUCAUCGUCCAGCGCCGAUACAAAUUUUUGGAGAAGUACGAAGUAAACGCUCCCAUCAUUUUGCAGUACAUGGGCGGCUACAACUACUUCGGAGCCUUUAGUUACCUGACAUCGACAGUAGCCAUCGGGGCAGCUGCUCAACUCUGGCUUCGUCGUCGACAUCCCAAGCUAUUCAACAAGUACAUGUACAUCGUAGGCUCGGCCUUGGACGGCGGCUCGCAGAUCACCCUGUUCAUCUUAAGCUUUGCUGUUUACGGCGCUGCUGGGCCUGCCAGAGCUUUCCCAACUUGGUGGGGAAAUCCAGAUGGCAACGUCGAUCAUUGCAAUCCGCCCGAAUGA